UAGUAGGCUCAAAAAUGGAAAAUAAACAGUAGAAAUUUCAGUAUUAAAACGGAUAUUCAUAAAAGUAACAGAAAGAUGAGGAAUAUACCGGCCUAGUCAUGUUAAUUAGAUUAAUAUGGCUGCCGAUUGGGAAAAAAAUAAGAUAUGUCAUUGUAAAAGUUUCUGUAUUUAGUUCAAUGUAACAACAUGGGUCAGAGCAGUUCAAAGAAAAUACAGAAGAACAAAACACAGAGUACUAAAAACAAUCAAAGCAAUUUCCAGAAGUCCAUCCCUAUGGAAACAGUACGAAAUGUCAAUGCAGAGAUCAGUCCUCAGUUUAAGGCGUCCAAUUUUAUCGAUUCGAAUUUAGUACCUGAUUGGAUCCACAAGAAACAGUUUUUAGAAAUCCUAAGUGCCAAUGUGCCACAGUUCUCGAAAAUUCAAAAUUUUAAUAUAUCGCCCGCCUCAAGUGCGGGUGAGAACUAUUCCUCAUUGAUAUUGCGAAUAGCCAUAGACGUGAAGCUAACAGAUAAAUCCACAAAGUCAUUGGCUUUUAUGAUGAAAGUACCCCACGAAUCAGCAAAAAUGCAACAGAUGUUAAAGACUGUGAACUUCUUUACCGUUGAGAACGCUGCCUAUACGGAACUAAUUGCCAAGUUUGAGGAACUCUAUAGGUCAAUAGGUCUGGACAUCACCUUUGCUCCACGUGCCUUCAAAUUCUCGGAGAGCGUGAGAAAGGAGCCGAAGCUGGUGAAUACGGUGCUCAUGUACGAUCUGACCCAGGAUGGGUAUAGAAAUGUGAAUCGCCUGGAAUGCCUUAAUGUGGAACAGACCAAGUUGGUCUUACGAAAGCUGGCCCAGUAUCAUGCAGCUAGUGCACAAUGCAGAUCCCUCUACGGACCCUAUCCGGAACUCUUUACGCAGACUAUGUUUGCAUCGAACAAGGACAGAGCUAUAUCCAUAUUAGAGGGUAUAAUGGGCCCGUUUAAGAAAAUGUUUUUGGAAAAUAUCUACUACUUUAAAAAUGGCGACAAGUACUACGAUAAGUUUUCAAAACUUUUCGCCAAAAUGAGCAGCAAAUUUUUAAGUCUUAGUGUCUUUGAUGACAGUGAAUUUAAUGUUAUCAAUCAUGGUGAUUGUUGGAUAAACAAUUUACUUUUUAAAUUCGACACCGAUGGCAAUCUGAAGGACAUGAAAUUUGUGGACUUUCAAUUACCAAAAUAUGGCCAUCCCUCGACAGACUUGCUCAACUUCCUCAUGUCCUCGGUACACAUAGAUUACAAGCUAACGGAUUUUGAUUAUUUCAUUAAGUAUUAUCACGAUCAGUUAAUCGAGCAUCUGAAAUUACUGAAAUAUAAGGAUCGUUUGCCCACCUUAAGCGAACUCCACAUGCAACUCUAUAAAUAUGGUAUAUGGGCGAUUACAGCCUCUGUGAUGGUGUUACCCAUCGUUCUAUUAGAUCAAAGUGAGGAACCGAUGGAGUACAAGAGCCAGUUAUAUACGAAUGUGCGCUAUAAAGAAAAUAUUGAACAAAUAAUGCCCUGGCUGGAUAAUCGUGGUCUACUGGAUUUGUAGCAUUCAAUUCGAUAAAUCAUCUCUUGAGGUUAGGAUUACAGAUUCAAGAGUUUGGGUUCUUC